AGUUCUCUGGUUCCCUCCCUCCGCGGGCGCGCUCGGGCCGCCGCAGCGCUCCCCGCCCUCGAGCCGCGGUGCCGGAGCCGCCCGCCGCCCGCGAAGGAGGUGGAGGGAGCCGGAGGGGCCCGCCGAGGCGGCGGCGGCGGCGGCGGCGGCGGCAAGAUGGCGGACUUCCUGCCGUCGCGGUCCGUGCUGUCCGUGUGCUUCCCCGGCUGCGUGCUGACGAGCGGGGAGGCCGAGCAGCAGCGCAAGUCCAAGGAGAUCGACAAAUGCCUGUCCCGGGAGAAGACCUACGUGAAGCGGCUCGUGAAGAUCCUGCUGCUGGGCGCGGGCGAGAGCGGCAAGUCCACCUUCCUCAAGCAGAUGCGGAUCAUCCACGGACAGGACUUCGACCAGCGCGCGCGCGAGGAGUUCCGCCCCACCAUCUACAGUAACGUGAUCAAAGGUAUGAGAGUGCUGGUCGACGCUCGAGAGAAGCUUCAUAUUCCCUGGGGAGAUAAUGCCAACCAGCUUCAUGGAGACAAGAUGAUGGCGUUUGACACCCGGGCCCCCGUCGUGGCCCAGGGCCUGGUGGAGACACCCAUCUUCUUACAGUACCUUCCGGCUGUCAGAGCGCUCUGGGCGGAUAGUGGCAUCCAGAACGCCUAUGACCGGCGUCGGGAAUUCCAGCUGGGUGAAUCCGUAAAGUAUUUCCUGGAUAAUUUGGAUAAACUUGGAGAACCAGAUUACAUUCCAUCACAGCAGGAUAUUCUGCUCGCUAGAAGACCCACCAAAGGCAUUCAUGAGUACGACUUUGAAAUUAAAAAUGUUCCUUUCAAGAUGGUUGACGUUGGAGGUCAAAGGUCAGAAAGGAAACGUUGGUUUGAAUGCUUCGACAGUGUGACGUCAAUACUUUUCCUUGUCUCCUCCAGUGAGUUUGACCAGGUGCUUAUGGAAGACCGACUGACCAAUCGCCUCACCGAGUCCCUGAACAUUUUUGAAACCAUCGUCAAUAACCGGGUUUUCAGCAAUGUCUCCAUAAUCCUGUUCUUGAACAAGACAGACUUGCUUGAGGAGAAGGUGCGGGUUGUGAGCAUCAAAGACUACUUCCUAGAAUUUGAAGGGGAUCCGCACUGCUUAAGAGACGUCCAAAAAUUCCUGGUGGAGUGUUUCCGCAGCAAACGCCGGGACCAGCAGCAGAAGCCCCUGUAUCACCACUUCACCACCGCCAUCAACACGGAGAACAUCCGCCUCGUGUUCCGUGACGUCAAGGAUACCAUUCUCCACGACAACCUCAAGCAGCUCAUGCUCCAGUGACGCACAGAGACUCGCUGGCGGAGUGACUCUUGCGCUGUAAUGGUUUCUGUUUGUUUCAUUUUUUAAGGUAGCAGUUUACAACAGGAGUUAGAAACAAUCUUGAUUCUGUGUUUGACUUCUUGGAAGUGUUAGUCCUUCUGUGGCCUUGGUGUGUGACUGGAAGCUGCUGAGUGUCACCUCCUCAGCCUCUGCCGCCGUCCGGGCGGGGCACUGGGAGGGCGGCCUUCGUCGGCGUUAGUCUUAGACUAAGCACGCUGCAGGCUUUUGUCCUUCCACCUUUCAGAUGAAAUUCUGCUUUAGUGCCAAGGACAGAAGGUAUCCUUAAACACUUGUAGACCGAUUGGUUCUAAAACAAGUGAGAACUCCCUGUUCCGCCUGACACACAGCCGUGGCAGUUGUCGCCUGGCUUCAUGGUGACCUCGAUUUUGAAAAGGUUCUGUUGGAAUGGCGCUCUGGCUGGUCGCCGUCGCGAACAAGUGUGUGAAGGCAGUGUUGUCAGUGUGUAGACGUUUACAUGAGGAGGUCUGGCGUGAUUCCAGGGGAGAGUCUACUGAUGGUACCAGGGAGCAAAAGGCAAGCGGAUGCCUCUUUGGGAAGUUCGGGUCAGAAGUAAUGAGUGAAACACAGUUUGCCUUUUUCCUCCUCAGUUAGCAUGUGAUCUGAUGUGCCAUAGAUGAAACAUCGUGUGGCCAUCACAGCAGCUCAAACCUACAAGCAGCUUAAUGACAGACUUGCUAAUUCAACAUACCUGUGCUAGAACGUCCUCGGUGAUGCCCUUAAACCUUCCCAAUUAGAGUUGAGCCUUUACAGAAGGAAAAAGUGCUGUGUUGUCACCAGUGUCUGUCUGAACCCUCCUCCUGUCCAUCCACAGCAACUCGAACUGCAGCAUUUAUGGGAUUGUUUUAUUUGGUGGAGUUUGCCAAGGGCAGUAUUUUCCUGUAAAACCUUUCUAGGAGGCAUUUAUGUGAGAUCCUCCUUCAUUCUAGGUGUGUCUCAAAGAGAAACAGCAUGUACAAAUUUGUGUACUCAUGUUUAUGAGAUGUUAGGUACAUUUUAAAUGUCGAGGAGGUGUCCUGUUUCUCAGUCCCACCUGGAGAUGGCUGCAUUUAGCCCCCAACCCUUGUGACCACAAAAAUGGCCUGGUGAGCCCUGCAGAGGGCUGGCCUGCAGCCCUCAGAGCGCUGGCACUGGCGCAGAGGAGCCAGUGUCCGAGCAAGCGGCUGUUGGAAGGCUGCCAGCCUCUCUGCUCUUCGUGGAGGGUGUGGUUGCUGACUGUGAUGGCUGGCCCUGCACUGGGUCGCUGACUGGGUUCUCAGGUAUCUCACUGCUCCCGAAAGGCUGUGCAGCAGUGGAGACCACACAGCCUUUCCGAGCCGCAGCUCUUGUCCGUCUUGCUGUCAUGGUGGGAGGGGAGCUCUGACCUCCCUCACAGUCACCACAUCCCUGUAUGUUCCAGUAUUUUCAUGCCUUGGUCAUACAUGAGCUAUAGACAUGUAGCCCACCAACAUAGUGCAGGUGCCCGUAGUAUUUAUCAUGCAUAUUGGAAUAGUUCUACUUGUAGUGCUUCUUGCCAAAAAAGAAUACAUUGUUUGAAUUCAGAAGGUUAGCUUCAUUUCAGUGGUAACAAAUUUCCAAAUAUGUGCAUAGUCACAUUUGAACUGUUCAGUGGCAAAUCUAUGAGUAAAUACAGCAGGUGCUUUUAUUGAAUGGCCAAAAAUGUUUGACUCCUGUGAAGGUUUAAGUCAAUUCCAUGUAGGGAGAGGACGUACAGUCUUUGCAUGUGUAUGUGUGAUGAAUCAUAAAUUCUGCAUGGCAGCACCAAGUUGCCCCAGUUUGACAACCUCCAAGAAAUGUUCAAGUAUCUAGAGAUAGGGGUGAGAGAGAAUAUUAUUUGAGGUCCUCUGCAGUUUUCUUCCAAAUGUGUGUGAUACUUAGAAUUAACAUUGUUUGAAAAUUUAGAUUAUGCAAUAAAUUACAUAAGCCUAAUUUAGACGGGCUUGUUGAGCCUUCACUAGAACUUUAAGAUUCAGUCUGAAGGUUUAGUCCAUUUUACGUGCUCCUUCAUAACUAGCUGAAGGAGCCUUCCACCCAUACCCUAAAAAUCAAAAUCUAAUCCUUUUGAAAUACCCUUCAGUGAAGGAGAGAGAAAGUCCUGAUGAAUGAAAGUGAAAAGGUGCUUGUAAUUUUCACUAUGCCAAUUUUCUCAAAUGUCUUAAAAAAAAGUCAUUGAGUUCUUUGCCAUGAGUGAUUUUCUGAAUCCUCGUGGUUUUGGUUUGGAGUAACCUGUGCCUCGCCCUGCGUGCCUGUUGUCUGGGGACCUCCAUGCCUUCUCAGUUCUAGAGGAACACCACCCACGUGUCUUGUGCUCCUGGAGGAAGCACGUGGCAUUUGAGUGACCUCACAGCUCCAGCAACAGCACCAAUGCAGACCUUAAUUUUUAUGGGAAUGGGUUUUAUCCAAUGUUUCCUGAAAAUCUGAAGCAUUCAAGUCCCACCUCCGCCACCAAAGUGUUUCUAAUCAUCUCAAUCGUUGCUUUCUGCCAAACCACAUUAACAUGUUCCUUUCAGCUUUAUUAUCUGGAGAGGAGGGUACUCCUUGGCUAGAGUGCAGCCAGAGCAUGGAAUAAAGAAGAGUAUUUGUUUUUAUUUUUGCUUUCCUGAAGAUUGCAUUAGCGUGUACCUGCCAUGGGCUGUUCAGGCCCAGUCCUUGCUCAGUCAGUGACCGUGCCCAAUUCAGAGAAGAAAUAGCAAGCCUUAAGACCUUGAAAAGAAAUCCUUUGCCCUGUAGCUUUUUUGUAAAAGGGAAUGGGUAAAUCUUAACUUUUAUUUAUGCUCUUGAUAAAAAUGUAUUUUCAGCAUUAAGACACAUAUCAGUUAUGCCUUAUUUAUUUGAAGAAUAAAGUUACCAACUGCGCUGUUGUGUCCUGAAACUCAACUGUUUUUGAGAAACCCACAAGUUGGUGCUUUCAUUCUGUAACAACACAUUCAGACAAAAACCCAAACCAAGCCAUUGAGACGGGAUUCUCUCCUUUACAAUUUGUAGUGAUGUUAUUUCUAUGUAUGUAAUGAGAAGGCUAAAUAUCAGUGUUAACUCUUUAAUUUCUUGUUUGAAUUCAUGAAAAACCCAAACAUCCGUAAUAAACGGCCUAAUAAAUCUAGACAAAGUCACUCUUACCUUUUCAUUUCUUUUAUUUGAGGAAUUUUUCACCAGGAAAUCUGACCACAUGCCAGGUUCCUUGGCCUCUUUUUCGGUCAUUUCAAGGUUAAAUUCCUUUGCUCACAGCCAGUCCGUCCUGCUGCUUUACCUGAGUACUGGGUUGUUCUUGGGGAGCGGGUGCGAGUUAGCCUUUCAGUCUGAUAAACCCUAGGAGGCGAGAGAGGAGGGGCCCCCGUGUGCCUCCAUGUUCCAAAGAAAGCAGACUGGACUCCAUGCUCAUCACGGUACGAGGUUAGGGCUUAAUACACUCACACUGUAGGUUGAGGUAUAAGUCUUAAACCCAAACUCCUUAAACCAGUUGGACUUUGCGGCUUUUUCAGGUGCCAUCAGGUAGACGGGAACCUUCGCGCCCGUUAGCAGCAGCAUUGGCAGCACGGUCUGCCACUCCCACUGUCACAUCUGCUUGAACAUGUGUUGACUCUCGCAUUGUUCCGGGCUGGCUGUCAGGCUCCAGAUACGAGCCAGAGCUGAUGUGCAGCACUGUUUGUAAAACAUUCGUGAUUCGGCAAUAUUGUCUAGGUUCAUGAGAGCUUUUUCUUGUUGACCUGUACAAACCUGUUGAUUGUGAUGACGGUAUACAUAUUAAUCAAAAUAUGCUGGAACCUUCUAUGCAUUACAUUUGCUGUUAACGGAUACCACUGUGUACUUUGACUGUUUUCUUGCCAUGCCAAGUGAUGAACUGCUCAAGCAUGUUGGAUGAUUUCAGGCAAAAAGCGGGAGAGUAAGGGUCACUUCUGUAAUAGUGCAACAAACCAUUGCUGUUCGUCCUGCAUUUACCUCUUACUUGAAUCGCAAAAUGUCUCCAGUGGCUUUUCUGUAUGAUGGUGAGAGCUCAUUUACCACAAGUAGCCUUAUCAGAAAGUCUAUUUUGUAACAACCUCGUAGAAACUGUACCUAAGAGAAUGUGGCUUGUAUUCUGUGCAAAAGUUACGUGUGGCUUAGCAGUUUUUACAUCUGUCUUUUUAUAACUUUCCGGGAACUAAGCACAUUAUCUGAUACUGUAAAUCUUGUCACUGCUCUAGUUCAGGAUUCGCAAUAAAUUAUUUCUAAAGGAGAUCUAAUCGUGGAAGGAAAAACGGCCUGAUUUUCUAAUAGGAGGUGUUAGUUCAUUAAGGCUUUUUACUUUUGUACAUAUUUUGCAAAAAGAAAUGUCGCCUGUUGCUAUUAAUAUUGCUUUGUAUAAAUUACUGACAUUUAAUAAACAUUUACAAAUGA